AUGGGUCUUGAUCGCGAUACGGCGACUAUACUAGAUGCGAUAGCCGCGCUACGUAAAGACACUAAUGAAUCUUUCAUCGGGUUACGGAAGGAAAGUUCUGAAAUGUGGCAGCAAACACAAAAUAAAUUAGAUAAAGUCGAAUGUGAUAUAAAUAUCCUAACAACGGGCCUCGGUGAAGUCAAACUACAAUAUGAUGAAGUGAAGAGUAAAAUAACAGCUACAGACAUAAAUGUAGAGAAAAUACAGGAAGAAAACAUAGAACUACAAACCAAAAUACUAGAUAUGCAGACUGAAAUCGAAGAGAUGCAGCAAUAUUCCCGUAUAGAUAAUAUCGUUAUCACAGGAGUGCCCAUGCUUAAAGGCGAAAAUGUCUUCAUGAUCCUAGCCGACAUUGCCAAAGUCCUCAAUAUUAACUUCCACCGGUAUGACGUGUCGGCUGCCCAUCGUCUUUCAAAUAAAAUGUCCAAAGGUCGUCCUCCCGUGAUUGUCGUGAAAUUCUCGUCCAGAACUAUUAAAUCUGAAUGGUUAGACGCUAGAAAAGAAAAGGGAUCUUUAAAAGCCAACGAAAUCCAUCGUAUCUUUCCUGAUUCGACUGUCUACUUUAAUGAGCACUUGACCGAACACUCUAGAAAGGUCUUUAACUUAGGCAGGGAUAUGGUCAAAGAGAAAUGUCUGGCUUAUGUCUGGGUGAAGGACGGGCGCAUACUCGUCAAGCAAACGGAACAAGGGAAAACCAUCCGAGUAAAAACUGAAAACGAUCUCAAGCGAAUUCGUCGUUCUUCUUCUGGACCUGCCGCUCUCAAAGAUGAGGUCUCCGAAGCCGCCGCCCCCGGGAACGCCACCACCCCAGUGGUCAACUCAGAUGCCCCAAGCUUCACCCCCGGUGAUGUUGACUCCGCAGCCUCUGCCGCCGUCCCCGGGAACGCCGCCGCCCCAGAGGUCAACCCAGCUGUCCCAACUAACUCCACCAGCUUCACCCCCGGUGAUGUUGACUCCGCAGCCUCUACCGCCGCCCCCACUGUCACCACCCCACCGACCAACACGUACGCCAAGACACUGGCCUCACCAGCUAAACCUGGGGUACCCUCAAAGUAA